CUUAUAAACUCCUUAAAAAUCUUAGCAACCCCAGAGCUUCUCUGCUUCGCUCCCUCCCUCCCCUGCUCCGCCUCCCGAAUUCUCUCCGCGUUCUUAUCGACUCCGGUUCUCCCAACCGAAGUCCUCCAGUCCAGCACGCAACGAUCCAAGCACCCGCCGAUCGGUUUCGGUCCCCCAGAUCAAGCUGGACAAGAAGCGUCCGCGGGUGAUCCGAAGAGGGCAACGGGCGAUUCUUGAUCAAUCUCAUCCUACAUCGAAGCGAUCUUCUGUUCUUGUCUUUUCGGGGGAAGGAAGAAGAUGAAAGUUGUGGACAGGCACUGCGUGGAGUGUCGCACCACGCGAACCCCGAUGUGGCGAGGCGGCCCUGCCGGUCCUCGGUCCCUGUGCAACGCGUGUGGGAUCAAGUACAGGAAAAGGAGCAGGGGAUUGCUGGGCGCGGACAAGAAGGGCUUCAAGAACACACCCGCCGCCGCCGCCGCCGCCACCAACAACGACAGAAUCGAGGGAGGGCUGGCGGACAUGGUGAAGCAGGGGUUGGUAAAUCCCGCCGCGAAAACAGAGUCCGAGAAAAACAGAGCAAUGACCGGCGAGAUGAGGUGGAGGUUGCGAGAGGAAGAAGAGGCGGCCAUACUCUUGAUGGCUCUCUCCUGCGAUGUCUUCGGUUGAAAACUCAUCGAGGGCACGAUCUUUUUGGCCUUAUGAGGCAUCGCCAUCAUCUUCAACCUCUGGAUGAAGCCUGCUCUCUGGUGGAUGAAAAAGAAAUCACCAGUGUAACACCCGGACACUGUUUGAGUUUUCGCCCCCCCCUUUUCUUUUCCUUUUCCCUAGGUUUCCACACCGAGUCGUGCACUAAAGCCUGAAGAAUCUCUUUGAAUUUGUCCAGAAUUGGUUCAAUUGGGUGCUUUACGAGUGUGAAUAAUGCAUUUCUCACCCAUUUUCAUGUGGAUUGGAGCGGACUGGAUCGAUGAUUAGAUACUCUGUUUGCUGCGGUUCUUAUUUUAUAUAUUAUUUCUCGCCUA